AUGAAAGAACUUGGACAACUCAAGCAUUUUCUUGGUAUAAAGGUCGAUUAUUCUCAAGAAGGAAUAUUUCUUCAUCAGCAAAAGUAUUCCAAAGAUUUGCUGAAGAAGUUUGGAAUGCUUAAGUGUAAGCCAAUCUUGACGCCAAUGGAGCCAAAUGCCAAAAUAUGUGCUCAUGAAGGGAAAGAUUUAGAAGAUGCUACAAUGUACCAGCAGUUAGUGGGAAGUCUUAUCUACUUAACUUUAAUAAGACCAGAUAUUUCUUUUGCAGUUGGUGUGAUAAGUAGGUACAUGCAACAUCCGAAGAAGCCUUAUUUGGAAGUAGUUCGUCGAAUUCUGAGAUAUGUGAAAAAUACGUUUGGCUAUGGUAUUAUGUACAAAAGAGGUAGAGGUUGUAAACUAGUUGGCUAUUGUGAUGCUGACUAUGCAGGUGACCAUGAUACUCGACACUCAACUACCGGGUAUGUUUUCAUGCUUGGGUCGAGAGCAAUUUCUUGGUGUAGCAAAAGACAACCAACAAUGUCUUUGUCAACCACCGAAGCGGAGUACUGA